AUGAGCCUCCCGGGCCGGAAUACUCAGAUUGAGGACGUGGUCGCUCACAUCUUUCAAGAGAUUGACCAUAAUGGUGACAGCGAAAUCUGUUGGAACGACUUCCAGAAGUGGCUGCUUCGCUGGAACAUCCCGCAUGAUGAUAGCGAAGAUGCGGCAAGGUCCUUGUUCACAUUUCUUGACAGAGAUGGUAGCGGACAAAUUGAUGCACAAGAAAUGAUGGACGCCCUGAUGCUGCUUAGUGAGUUUGAGUCCAAGCUCGAUGGAUCCCUGAGCGUCACUCAUGCCGAAGCCGGGCAGAUCAUACGUGACCUGGACCCAGACGGUGAAGGAGGAAUCGAUUACCAUACCUUCCUAGAGGUCCUCCAUGCUGCUCGAAACACAAAGCCAGACUCUGGCCAACAACCUCAUCUAGUUUUGAACUUCGACGUUAACAACACAGUAGUAAUGCUGGAUUCUGCAACUGGCGCAGACUCAAAGGGGCUUAUAUCCAUGGUGCUCUCCAAUUCUGCAUGGGGGACUAUUGACUACGAUGAAGUGGACCGGCCGAUUCGGUGGACUCUGAAGGCGUCAGAGCUGUCGCCGUCACGUCCGGAGAUGGGUCUUCAUACCUACUCUGAGUUUGUGGUGCUGCAACACCCUUUUCCGGACCGGGAUGCCGUCAAGGACAAAGCUGAACUGCGGGCUUUAAAUGAGAAGGUGAAAGCUAACCGCCGUCAAGCGCUGUGGUCCUUCACAAAUCCUGGUAUGCCUGGAGAGGCCUUCCAGAAGGACCUGGCUGGCAUGCAAGCGCAGUUGCUGCUGCCUGAAGAAGUCCGAGGCACACAGGCAUCAAAGGACGCAGGCCUCGAUGGAGAGUCGGUGCAACUACUGCCGUCGUUUCUGCAUUUGCUUCGAGAACUCAAACGCAAGGGGAGGAGCUUCACUUUGAUCUUCCGCACAUUCGGCAAAGACUUGCCGCAGCUGCGCAAGGAGCUGGAAGCACUCUGCGAGGGAUGGCAUCCUUUGUUCCAGAAGGAAGACCUUGUCGUCUUGGAUGGUUCGGAUGGAAAGCCGGACUACCGCAUGAGGUUUGACUCAGCCGACGGAUGCGGAACAUUUUAUCGAAAUCCCUUGGAAGGCGAUCUGAUUGCAUUGGCCAUGGGGACGGUGGAUCAGCCGAGCAAGCUGGAGCAGGGUCUUCAAUUCUGGCAGGACAAGGAGGGCGUUCAGAUCUUCGAAGGUGUGAACCAGGUCUUCAAGCAUUACAUGCAGCUGUCGUCAAAAUGUUGCACAGUUGCUUUGCGCGACUUUUACCCGGGUUGGGCAGCUGCUAACUCAACAUCAGCUGGUGGCAAACCUUUCUUCUUGGGAAGACUUGAUCCAGCAGAACACUGCAUGUUUUUCGAUGACCACAUUUCUCCGCUGGACCCCAAAAUUGUGGAUCCCAUCGAUGCACAUUUGUGGCCGCGACGAUUUAGCAGUGGUCAAGUCUACGGCGUUCACCUAGUCCAAGCGCAGCCUUUGCUGUCGAUUCGCGACAGGAAUUACUUCGUUAAGUGCAUCGAGGACUGCGAGGCUGCAAGGGCUGCGAAGUUGGAGCGCUGGCACAAGCUUAAGAAAAUGGUGGGAGAUCUCGAUGGGGUCCGCAAGGUUCUGGCAGGCUUCAUCUACACAUCGGUUCCGAGCCAGAAAGUGGUCUUCAGACCUUGGAGCUCCAGCCGUGACGUUGAUCGUGCUCAAAGAGUUCCUACCUUCGAGGACGCGCUGUGA